AUGUUAUUGUUGUCGGUGCAGAACCAAGAUAGGGACUUUUUUGGGAAGGUUUAUGACGAGUUCACCGAGAAAGAAUACAAUGCGGUGAGAAGAGAAGGUAAUGUGUAUGUCAUUAAAAAUUCUACAACUACGAUAGAGGAGAUUGGUGAGGAAAACCAUCCCCCACCAAUAUAUGUGAAACCAAAGAAGAAAUCAGUUAGAAAAGGCCCAAUACUACUUGAAUGGAAAAAAGAAGUUGAUCAAGAAUUCCUUGACCUGCUUGAACUGCCAUUCAAGAAUGCAUGUGGAACCAUGGAAGGCACACCGGAAGGCGAGGUUGCAGCUGCAGGGAACAGUCCCAAUGCUGAAGGAAGUGACCUUUCAAUCCCAGUGCCUAACCAUCCACAUUCUACGCUAGCAGGUGAAGUUGCAGACUGUGCAGAGCAGCUUCAUGGGAAAUUACAACCGGAUAUUGCAGUUGAAAGUGAGAAAAUUCUUGGUGUGAACAAGACCACUGCUGGGGGGGGGGGUGGCGUAUCACAUCCAAAAUUCAGGAGUCCCGCCUGGCAAAUGACGAAGUUGAACCUACGCUCCAUGAAAACAUCAUUCCUGAGGACCCAGGAAACGGAGUUGAUGAAGGAUGAUGGUGGGGGGAUUGGAACAGGUUAUGAUGGUGUAGCUGGGGCAAUAGAGGACCAAGAAUUACACAAACAUGUUGGUCGUGAAGGGACACUUCAUGAGGAUGCACCUGAGAACGAUGCUGAAACAUUGACUAGGGUGUACACGCUGUGUAGGGAUCAAGUAUUGUUUGAUGAGUUUGUAUCUAACAUGAUGAUGCAAGAUACAGGUGAAACAAACUUCAAUGUUGAUCAUUUUGACGGGGGUACAUCUUGGGCGAGUCAACCGGGCUUAGGGGACAAUGACGCACGAACCAAUGCUCCUAUAGAUGAUAUCUCUGGAUCCAGUGAAGGUCUUGAAACUGGAAAAACAGUGAAGGGCCAAUCAUCGAAAUCCGGUAAUGGGAGAAAUUACACCCGACCAAAGCGCGUGGUUAAAGAGCUUGCUCCUGAUGAUGGGUCUGACAUCAGUCAAGAGAAUGGAAAUGUAGAACCCCAAAAGAAGCCAAAUUCAGAGGAUGAAAGUGAUGCCCAGGCAGGUCGGUUCACAGAUUUCCGAAGUUUGGAUGGUGUGCCACAGUUUCGGAUUGCAGACAAGUUUGGAAGUAAGGACGAAUUUAAGAAUGCAAUAAAACAUUACAUUAUGUUGACAGGUAGACCAGUGUACAUGUACACAAAUGAUUAUACCAUGCUCAGGGCUAAGUGCAUAGCACCAUGCAAAUGGUUCUUGUAUGUGAAGAAGACAACGAUUGAUGGCAUCGAAUGUUUCUGUGUGCAUUCAAUCAAAGAUAUUCACACGGAUUGCACCAAGGAGAACACAAACAAGAAGGUGACUGCAAGAUGGUUGGCAACUACAUACAAGGAGAAAAUAAGAGCUGAUCAUGACGUACCGGUUGUAGCUAUUUAG